UUUCCUGAUUUAUUUAUUUUUGAAAAACGAUCCCAACCCUUUUCCCUCCUGCAACUCUCUCUCUCCCCCUCUCUCUUCACUGUCACACGACAUGGAACUCACGGAACCCUAGUUUUUUUCUGGCAGACCAAAUCUUUCUCACAAUCACAUCCAAGCCCCAACAAGAACAGCAUUCACAUCGCAAAUGCAAGACUUCAUCGGCUCAGUUCGUCGGUCGCUUGUUUUCAAACCGACCGGCGGUGACGAUGGUGGCGGCUUCGGAGGCUUCGUCGAGAAGAUCGGUUCCAGCAUCCGUAGAUCAAGAGUUGGACUUUUCUCAAGGCCACCGCUCCCGGCGCUGCCGUCGACUGUGAAAGCCGAUGCCGUUAAAAUUAAGAAAGAUGAUGCGCCUCCGAUCCGAUGGAGAAAAGGUGAAUUGAUCGGUUGUGGCGCUUUUGGGAGGGUUUAUAUGGGAAUGAAUCUUGAUUCAGGAGAACUCCUCGCAGUCAAGCAGGUUUCAAUUGCAGCAAACAGUGCUUCGAAGGAGAAAACACAGGCUCACAUUAAAGAGCUCGAGGAAGAAGUGAAGCUUUUAAAGAAUCUCUCACAUCCAAACAUAGUUAGAUAUUUGGGAACAGCUAGAGAGGAGGAAUCGUUGAAUAUAUUAUUGGAAUUUGUUCCUGGUGGAUCCAUCUCUUCACUUCUUGGAAAAUUUGGAUCGUUCCCGGAGUCUGUUAUUAGAAUGUACACAAAACAGUUGUUGUUGGGACUGGAGUACCUUCAUAAAUAUGGAAUUAUGCACAGGGACAUCAAGGGGGCAAACAUUCUUGUUGAUAACAAGGGGUGCAUUAAACUUGCAGACUUUGGUGCAUCCAAGAAAGUUGUCGAACUCGCUACUAUGACUGGUGCCAAGUCAAUGAAGGGUACUCCAUAUUGGAUGGCUCCUGAAGUUAUUCUCCAGACUGGGCACAGCUUCUCUGCUGAUGUAUGGAGUGUUGGAUGUACGGUUAUUGAGAUGGCUACUGGAAAACCUCCUUGGAGCCAGCAGUAUCAGGAGGUUGCUGCACUUUUCCAUAUUGGAACAACUAAAUCUCAUCCACCGAUACCUGAGCAUCUCUCUUUUGAGGCAAAAGAUUUUCUGUUAAAAUGUUUACAGAAGGAACCGAACUUGAGGCCUGUUGCGUCAGAUCUGCUGAAGCAUCCAUUUGUUACUGGGGAGUAUCAGGAAACACAUCCUGUAUUUCGCACUUCAGUUGUGGACAUUUCAGGAAAUCAGAUGGCAACACCUGCAACGGACAUUAAGAACUCCAUGAACCCUGAUACCAGGAUAACGGGUACAAAAUUGAAGGAAUUUCAUAAUAUGGGCAGUCUGAGGUGCUCAACUACAUACCCCGAGAAGUUCUCAGCAAGAGGACCACUUUGGGGAUCAAGCAAUUAUGAUGAUGAUGACAUGUGUCAGAUAGAUGAUAAAGAUGAUCUUUUGGGUGUUGGAUCUGUAAAGUUCAAUUCUGCUUUAGUUUCUGAUGAUCUAAAUAAGAGUUUUAACCCUAUGUUGGAGCCAAAUGAUGAUUGGCCGUGCAAGUCUGAUGAAAGUCCAGAGUUGGAGAGAAGUAGAACAAACUUAUUUUCUGGUCAAACAAUUAAUAAGGCUACUGACAGCACUGAAGCAUCUGGUAAUGGGGAUAAUGACUUCACAUUUCCGAGUGGCCCGGUUGCAGCUGAGGAUGAUGAUGAAGUCACCGAGUCAAAAAUUAGGGCCUUUCUUGAUGAAAAGGCUUUAGAUUUGAAGAAGCUGCAAACACCUCUAUAUGAAGAGUUCUACAACUCACUGAAUGCAUCAGGUCCUUCAAGUGCUGAUGGGAACGAAAACAAAGAAAAUUUUACGAAUAAUUUGCACUUACCUCCUAAAAGCAGGUCACCCAAACGACUGCCUAGCAGAAGACUUUCUGCAGCUGUUGAUUUUGUCUAUUCUACUAGCCCUGGGUCCCAUUCUAAACGUGUAUCAAAUGUUGGCGGUGUAAAUGAUCAAAUUCCUCAGGAAGUCCAGUCACCUCAGCGUAGUGAAUGGAAAGAGAUUCUUCUUGAUGGACAGCAGGAGCCAGUUAGUCCAAGUGCAAGCUUCUCUGAGAGACAAAGAAGAUGGAAAGAAGAGCUUGAUGAAGAGCUUGAAAGGAAACGAGAGAUGAUGCGGCAGGCAGGUGUAGUAAAGACGUCAUCUCCAAAGGACCGAAUUGUGAAUCGGCAGAGAGAUAAAUUACGAUUUUUUGCAUCUCCAGGCAAAUGAGGGAAGGAUGUCUUCACCAAGGGAUCCGACUAUAAAUUGGCAAAGCAAGUGAUUAUAAAUUAUAACUUGAAGACAUAUCGAUGGAUGUCAGUGCAUCGCAGGAGUGAUCAUGCUUCCUCAUAUAGUUUUUAUGUACGUAUUUUUAUUUUUGGUGGAAAUGCCAUUCAAUAAUAUCGAGAGUGGCUACCUGGUCAUAUCUGCAUCGAUUGCAGGUAGUGUGACCACCCAACCCAUUGUAUCAAGUCCGUGUGGUUCACCCAGGAAAUAUCAUACAAAGUGUAUCUCUAUAUGACUUGUCAAAUUUUAUUUAUUUAUUUUUUUCCUUUUUUAAAGUUAAGCUUUUGUAAUAUGCAUGUAAUUGCUGAAUAUGGAAAAGAAAAGUAUGAGUUUGGGUUCAACAUAUGACAAUCCAUGACAAUCAAAUGUGCUGGUUGUAAGCAAUUUUUGAA